AAGAUUUUCACAUAAAAAUAAAUCAAACACACCAAACGCACGCUGGAUCCGAUUCAUGCCUCACCAUUCCGGUCCCGGCGGUAACCUUUCUUGCGGUGGUGCCGGUGGCGGAGCUUCCAUUGUCUCCUCCAUCUCGCCGCUCACCCAUCCUGCAGCAACAUUAUUAUUAUUAUUCACUAAUCAUUCUCUCACAAGCACUUGAUCUUCUUCUGCUUCUCCUUCUCCGAUUCGCUGGUUUGGUUUUGGUUUCCGUCGUUUAUGGAUCCGGGUUCUACACCCUCCCUUUCUCAUUGCUUCUUCCCUCUCUCACCGUUUUGCUUCACCUGAUUCAUCUUCUUCGCUUCAAUUUUGCUUUUACAGUUUUUGUGGUGUGAGGAAGACUGGUAUGCCGUGUGAAAAUGUCAUUCAAAAGCAUAGUGCGAGAACUCAAAGAGAUGAGAGAUGGGAUUGGUAGCACGUCAAGGCGAGGAGGUUCAGGGAGCAGGCAUUGGCAUAGUCGGACUAAGUCGCACAUUGUUCCGGAUGUUACUUUAGCUCCGCUUGAACAUGUUCAGCAGGGACAGUGGGCAAACCUACCGUUUGAUUUGCUUGUGGACAUAAUCCGGAGGGUUGAAGAGAGCGAGACGACUUGGCCUGCACGUGCCGUCGUUGUUUCUUGUGCUUCAGUCUGUAAAUCAUGGAGGGCAGUUACUAAAGAGAUUGUCAAGACUCCUGAGCAAUGUGGAAGGCUUACAUUUCCUAUUUCAUUGAAGCAGCCGGGUCCUCGUGAUUCUCCGUUUCAGUGCUUUAUCAGGAGGAACAGAGAGACUUCAACAUAUUUAUUGUACUUUGGACUGGUGCCAUCGGAGAAUGAGACUGAUAAGCUGUUAUUAGCUGCUAAAAAGAUUAGAAGGGCAACAGGGACAGACUUUAUCAUAUCUUUGGUUGCAGAUGAUUUUUCUCGGUCCAGCAACACAUAUAUUGGGAAACUCAGGUCAAACUUUUUGGGAACCAAGUUCACUGUAUAUGACAGCCAACCUCCACAUGGAGCUGGAAUGCAACUAAAUAGUCGGUCUAGUCGGAGAUUUCAUUCUAAGCAGGUGUCUCCAAGAGUUCCGGCUGGUAACUAUGUUGUUAGCACCAUUGCCUAUGAGCUGAACGUUCUCCGGACAAGAGGGCCAAGAAGAAUGCAGUGCACCAUGAACUCCAUUCCUAUCUCAGCUAUCCAGGAAGGGGGCAGUGCGCCAACUCCUACAUCAUUUCCUCAAAUCAUUGAUAAGCAUUUUUCUCCCUCACCAGCGGCAAAAGGAAAAGGUCUAAUUAGUGAUUUAAACCACGCAACCCUCUCGGAGGUGCCGGUACAGAGUGAAGGCUCACUUGAGGGUCUGGUGCUGAAAAACAAGGCUCCCAGAUGGCAUGAGCAGCUGCAGUGCUGGUGCUUGAACUUUAAGGGUCGUGUUACAGUGGCUUCUGUUAAGAAUUUUCAACUUGUGGCUGCUGUUGAUCCAUCUCAUAAUGUUUCUCCUGCGGAGCAAGAAAAGGUAAUCUUGCAGUUUGGAAAGAUUGGGAAAGACAUAUUUACCAUGGAUUACCGCUAUCCACUCUCUGCGUUCCAAGCCUUUGCCUUAUGCUUGAGCAGCUUUGAUACAAAACCAGCCUGUGAAUGAGACCAAUCUAUGUCACUUGAUCAUCAUCUGCUGGUUUGUUUCAUGUUAUAUAUAAUAUGCUAGGCGCAGUUUGUCAGAAUGGUGAGAUGAAGCUCACACAUUUUAGCUAUGCAGCCAUUAGUAUUUUCCUGUUAUGUUAGUUGUUGAUUCUGGAAAUUAACUUGUAUUUUGUUUCAUAGCCCUGCAACUAAAUUAAGUUUAGUGAAUUUUUCACCCUUAUAAUAUAUUGUCGCAUGGCCCUCA